AAGCCAUGAAGAAGAAAAUACUACUAACACUGGUAAAACGCAAAGUCUCCUGAGGACACUAGUUGGUGUGUGCUGUCCAUGGUGCUGGAAAGUAAUGCUCAGCUCUCCAGUGUCAGUUGAACUUUCCAUUCAGCAGCGCAUAUAAUUAUAAUUAUCUUUGGUGUGACCUAAAGAGGCCAGAAAAUAUUUUUACUGCUCUCUGCAUUUAACCCCUUUCGCCACUUGGCGCCGCUAUUGAUCCAUCAGAGACAGCCCUGCUCGUUGAUACAACUAAGCCACUCCCGUUUUCAGGCGACGUGAACAUCUCCUCAGCCUUUGUUUUAAAGACACGGAGGACGGUGGAACAAACACAGAAUACUCCACUCAUAAAGCUCACGGAAAUCCUCCGUACUGCCUAAAAUAUCGGACCGUUGUUCCUAUUGGACAGAUAUGUCAUCGCCUUUGAGAUGGAGCUAUUUCGGGAUAUAUCUAUGGCUUUUUAUACAGGAUUGUUACUGGCAAACGGUGGCUGGGCAGCUCUCCUAUUCCGUCUCAGAGGAGGUAAACCCGGGGACUGUUGUUGGAAAUAUCGCUAAGGACCUAAGCCUUAAUUCACAAGACUUGGAAUCCCGCAUGUUUCAGAUUGUUACUGGAUCAAAGAGAAAAUUCUUCGAGGUAAAUCUAAAGACUGGUGUUUUGUAUGUCAGUGAGAGAAUAGACAGAGAGGAGCUCUGCUCGGGGGAACUUAAAUGCCCAGUAAGCGUCGAAGCCGUGAUAAACAACCCUUUGAAGCUUUAUCGUAUUGACGUUGAUAUUUUAGAUGUAAACGACAAUGCCCCCUUGUUUACGACCAAACUGCAAAAUUUGUAUAUCGCAGAGAGUACAUUACCAGGAGUGAAAUUCGCCCUAUCUGAAGCAACUGAUGCAGACGUGGGGAGAAACGGAGUGAAUACUUACAAAUUAAGCCAGAAUGAACAUUUCUCUUUGGCGGUGCACAAAGCAGGUGAUAGUGUGUCUGCUGAGUUAGUGCUGCAGAAAGCUUUAGACCGAGAAAAGCAGCCUGUGAUCACCAUGACGCUGACUGCUGUAGAUGGAGGGACUCCCCCAAAAUCAGGCACCUCACAGCUCGUUAUUAAUGUUUUAGACAAUAACGACAACAUUCCGAUCUUUAGCGAAUCUUUGUAUAAAACUAAAAUUAAAGAAAACACACCUGUGGGCACAGCAGUAGUAACUGUGAACGCCACCGAUGCAGAUGAGGGCCUUAACAGCGAGAUUGUUUAUUCACUGAGAAGCAAGGAUCAAGAUCACGUAUUGGAUAUAUUUGAAAUUGAUCAGCAGACAGGUAUCAUUAGGGUGAAAGGUAAUAUAGACUUUGAAGAGAGAAAGGCUUUUGAGAUACGUGUUGAGGCGAGUGACAAAGGGCAUCCUCCGAUGUCUGCUCAUUGUAAGGUGCUGGUGGAAGUGGUGGAUGUAAAUGAUAAUGCUCCUGAGAUUACUGUGACAUCGCUACAUAACACAGUGAAGGAAGAUGCGGCUGUAGGCACCGCAGUUGCACUUGUGUCAGUCCUCGAUAAAGACGGUGGGAAAAACGGUGAUGUAAAAGUCGAAAUUAAAAAUAAAGUUCCAUUCAAACUCGACACUAACUACAAAAAUUAUUAUUCUUUGUUAGUUGAUGGGCCACUAGACAGAGAGAGUAUAUCUAACUACAACGUAACAAUAGUCGCUACUGAUAAAGGAAACCCGCCACUAUCCAGCACGAGUGUAGUUCCCAUACAAGUUUCUGAUGUCAAUGAUAACGCACCUCUGUUCCCAGAGGCCAUGAUUAAUGUAUACGUGAAUGAAAACAGUCCAGUAGGAGCAGUGCUUAAAAGAGUGACUGCAACUGAUGCUGACGCUGACCGAAACAGUCAGGUGAGUUAUUCAUUUUUACAAAGUAACAGUGACCCGAUGCCGUUAUCUACAAUGGUGAAUAUUAACUCAGAGACUGGAGAGAUAAUCAGUCUGCAGUCGUUUAACUAUGAG